AUGCAAUCGCAGACGGAAAACUACGCAGUUGAACUAAAGUUCUUACUUCUACCCAGUAUAACAAAUAUUUCGCCAUCACAACCGAUACCUCCGGAAGAAUUAGUAAUACCUGCAAAUAUCCGUUUAGCUGAUACCGGUUUCGAUAAACCUUCGAAAAUAGACGCGAUUCUCGGCAUGCCCAUUUUCUGUGCUUUAUGGCACGCCGGACAGAUUGUUCAAAUCAAUGAUUCAAUAUCUUUGCAAAAUUCACGAUUAGGUUGGAUCGCAGUAACGACCGCAAAUAUGCAUUUGCCACGAAGCGUAAAAUGCCAUACCGCUCUUAUAGGAUUGCAAGAACAAUUAGAAAAGUUUUGGCGCAUUGAGCAAACGCCAGAAAGGAAAAUCAGAUCUCAGGAGGAGGAGUAUUGCGAAGCGCACUAUGCAAAUAAUACGCGCCGUGAUUCAUCGGGUAGAUAUAUAGUAAGACUACCACUCAGGGAAAACGCAAAUCAAUUAGGGGAUUCAUACGUUAAUGCACUAAAAAGAUUUCAUGUGCUCGAACGUUCGUUAGCGCGUAAACCGGGGGUACGCGAAGAGUAUGCUAAAUUUUUAUCCGAAUACGAGGAUUUGGGGCAUAUGGAAAGGAUCGAAGAGCCUUCCCGUACAGAAGGUUAUUACUUGCCACAUCAUGCCGUAACUAAACAAUCGAGUAUAACAACCAAGCUGCGGGUGGUUUUCGAUGCAUCCGCGAAAUCGAGUAGCGGUCUAUCAUUAAAUGAUAUCUUAAUGGUCGGCCCAAUGAUUCAGGAGGACUUAUUCACUAUUCUCUUAAGAUUUCGGUCACAUGCAUUCGCGCUUACUGCAGACAUAGCCAAGAUGUAUCGGCAA